AUGCAGGAGGCUAGAAUGUGCAGAAGAGAGUUCUCAGUAAUGAGCUGGACGUUUGCAAUCAAUCAUGCCACGGUGACGACACCCAUAUUGUACGCCUCGUCGGUGCUCACUAACUCCACUGGCCAAGCAGGAAAUGCGAUGUUGUACGGAGCAACUCUGGUGUGCAGCCUUUUCUUCUCCGCAGUCGUCUUCAGUCUUAUUGGAGCGAAGAAAGGUUUGUCCCUGUCCAUGGGCUUGUAUGCGGUUUAUGUUGGUUUAUUUGCACUGGCUGCUUCAAUGUGCGCAGAGAAGAAUGCCAAAACCGGCUCCUGCAUGGAGGGAGAGCAGACGCAGCUGCCAACAAUGUUGCUUGGAUCAUUGAUAGGCGGUAUUGGGGCCGGAAUCCUUUGGACCUGCCAGGGUGCAUUCUUCAGCUCUGUUUGUGAGCGCGUGGCCAAAGCAGAGGGGAAGGAGGCCCCGGCAGUCACUGCGGAACUUGCUGGCUCUUUCGCUUUGGUUUUCUUGGCUAUGGAGAGCUUAGUGAGAGCAUCGGCCACAAUCCUGACCAAGUACGCCAAACUGGACUACUCAGUUGUCUUUUACAUUUUCUCUGGCCUGGCAGUAGCGUCGACUAUCGCAUUUAUGGUCUUGGCUACCAACUUUGGCAAGCCCGCCCAGCGAGGAUCAGUCUUUGCGAAGGUGCUGAGCGCAGUGUCACUUUGGAGUGAUCCAAAGACCUGGGUCUUGCAGUGCACCAACUUGACCUUUGGCUUUGCAGCUGCGUGGUUGGGCGGCUACAUAGGAAGGAACAUUCUCACACCGGCACUCAGCAGCGACUUUAUUGGCUUCGCUGGUGCAAUGUUGUCAGCUUUGGCGAGCGUCUUGUCCAAAGUUUUCGGCGUGACUGCUGCGAAGACUGGCAAAGGGCCUGUUGUGGCACUCGGUGCCACCAGCUUUCUUCUGCUGGGCGUUCUUAGCAGGUUCGUGGGGCAUCCUGCAGAUUGGGGAUGGGGCGUGCUGGUCUUCUACAUUCUCAUGGGUGUUGGCAGGGCCGUGUACGAAAGUACCAAUAAGGCCAUUUUCGCCGACUUUUUUCCUGGCGAGGCGAGCGCUGGUGCCUUUGCCAACGUCUUUGUCUUCGGGACUGGUGCGUCCACUGCGGCCUUCAUUCUUGGAGCUACGCAGCAGGAUGGUGCAGAAGUGUAUCUGCUCAUCAGCUUUGCAGCGUUGACCAUUCCCGGCUACAUGGCGGCCUCGCUCAUCCGCAGAAAGGAGGACAGCGACUCCUCCGGAAGCUCCUCCAGUUGA